GGCUGUCGUCACAGUAUCAGGUUUGGUCGGUGUGAAUCCAGACUCAAGACCCAGAGCUCCUGCUGUUUCUGCACCAAUGGCUGAUAGUGUGGAGAAUGCAGUUAAUAAUGUGUCAAACGAUGCAGCCGAGACCAACCAGCACGCUGAGACGGGCGGCGCAGGGGGUCCCGGCCGGAAUGAGGUGGAGCUGAACGGACAGCCGCCGACCCCACGGCCACCUCAGGUGGUCAAUGACAGUGAGGAAGAUGAAGAUGAGGAACUGACUCUCAAAUACGGGGCUAAACAUGUUAUUAUGCUGUUUAUCCCCGUUACACUGUGUAUGGUGGUUGUCGUGGCAACGAUCAAAUCGGUCAGUUUCUACACGCAGAAGGACGGACAACAGCUGAUUUAUACUCCAUUCCGUGAGGACACCGAGACCGUGGGUCAGCGUGCUCUCAACUCCAUGCUCAACGCCAUCAUCAUGAUCAGUGUUAUAGUGGUCAUGACCCUCGUGCUGGUGGUGCUCUACAAGUACAGAUGCUACAAGGUGAUUCAAGGCUGGCUGUUCUUCUCUAACCUCCUCCUCCUGUUCUUCUUCUCCUUCAUUUAUUUGGGGGAAGUGUUUAAGACGUACAACGUGGCCUUGGAUUACUUCACGCUGGCGUUGAUCAUCUGGAACUUCGGUGUGGUGGGAAUGAUCUGUAUCCACUGGAAAGGUCCGCUGCGGCUCCAGCAGGCGUAUCUCAUCAUGAUCAGCGCUCUCAUGGCUUUGGUCUUCAUCAAAUAUCUCCCUGAAUGGACCGCCUGGCUCAUCCUGGCUGCUAUUUCGGUCUAUGAUCUUUUGGCGGUGCUGUGUCCGAAAGGACCUCUGCGUAUUCUUGUUGAAACGGCUCAAGAGAGAAACGAGCCCAUUUUCCCAGCCCUCAUCUAUUCCUCGACCAUGGUGUGGUUGUUUAAUAUGGCGGACACCGCAGAUACCAGGAAUAACUCCAGCCAUCCAGUUCCUCAACAGGAUAGCCAAGUCGGCAUGGCACCCACAGCCCAGCCGGAUGAUGACGGCGGUUUCACGCCUACAUGGAUCGAUCAACAGCAGCAUCAGCUUGGCCCGAUCCAGUCAACCGAGGAGAGCAGACAAGAGAUCCAGGAGAUGCCCUCCACACGUCCUCCACCUGCGGAUGAUGAUGAUGAAGAAAGGGGUGUGAAACUGGGCUUGGGAGACUUUAUCUUUUACAGUAUGCUGGUGGGCAAAGCGUCAGCCACUGCUAGCGGUGACUGGAACACAACCCUUGCCUGCUUUGUGGCCAUUCUCAUCGGUUUAUGUCUAACUCUCCUGCUCCUCGCCAUCUUUAAAAAGGCCCUUCCGGCUCUGCCCAUCUCCAUAACCUUCGGCCUGGUAUUUUACUUCGCCACUGAUAACCUGGUUCGUCCGUUCAUGGAUCAGCUGGCUGUUCAUCAGUUCUACAUUUAGUCCAUAGACAUGCACUCCGCACUGCAGCAAAUACCCACAACCCCGGCAGGGAAAGUUCACCCUGUAGACACCUCCAAUGCUUCUGGACAUUUGACUGGAUGUACCGAUUUGGCAUCGAAUAACUCUUUACAAUUGCAGUGCCUCUCAAAGUGACUCAACAGAUCCGGACAUUUUCUUUGAAAACACGGCUAACAAUCACUUGUUCGGAGAAAUCAAAGACCAACUGGUGUCAUCUGACAUGUAUGAAUGAUUGACGAUGAUUAGGACAUUAUCGCUUUAUUAUGAGUUUGAUGAACUCUAGUAUUUGAAAUGGGACCAGCUUGCUUUCUUCAAAUCUUGGAUUCCCUUCCUAGGCAUUAUGUUCAUUCCGCCUGUGAUGUAUUGAGCAUUAACGCACAGCUCGGUGAAUGUUUCAGGUUUUCAAACACACAGGUAGGUACUGAGUGCUUUUGCUUCCUGUUUAACAAUCCAUUCAUGUUUUUAGGAAAGCUAUCUCACAUUAACUGUUUUGGUUAAACUAGAUUGAAAUUACAUGCUGUUAGAAGCUGCUGUUUUGCUCUUUAAGAAUGUGCCGGAGUGUCAUUUUGGAAUGUACCCCAAAAGUCCAAGUCCUUUCAUGUUUAAUGUCUGUGCACGAUAGGAGACGGUGCAAGAACUGUUUGUUUUCAGUUGUUUAUUUUUUACUUACCAUUGAAACGGUUGAUGAAUGAUGUUUCAUUUCAUAGCACACUCGUCGUUUGUCAUUCAAGAAAUUGCAAAAAUUUUGUAACUAAAUCAUAGAUUCACAAAUAAAGAAGUUGCUCGUUUUGAGCAAUUGUGACUA